UUUAUUUAUUUAUUUAUUUCUGAGACAUAGUCUCGCUCUGUAACCCAGGCUGGAGGGCAGUGGCGUGAUCUUGGCUCACUGCAACCUCUGCAUCCCAGGUUCAAUAGAUUCUCCUGCCUCAGCUUCCCGAGCAGCUGGACUACAGGCGUGCGCCACCAAGCCCAGCUAAUUUUUGUAUUUUUAGUAGAGACGGGGUUUUGCCAUGUUGGCUAGGCUGGUCUCGAACUUCUGACCCAAGUGAUUCACCCACCUUGGCCUCCAAAAGUGCUGGGAUUACAGGCAUCAGCCACUGUGCCUGGCCAAAGCCCAUUAAAAUUACAUGUAGCCCAAGAUAUUCCUGGCAUAUACAUAGAAAGAUAACAUUGCCUCUAGAAAGGGGAGCUGGGUUGCUGGAGGCUGGAGGCUGCAGGUGGGGAGAAUGGAGGCUUAUCUUUCCUUUUAUAGCCUUUUACACAAUUAAACAAACAUAGAGAGCGUGCAUGUGAACAAAAAUGUAAGUAUUCCAGGCUGUAGGCCUAGAGCUUACCAGCAGGCUGGGUGUGGCCUGCCCUACCCUGUUCUCUGUCAGUAGAACUUUGUCACCUUUCCUGCUCAGCAUGAACAGUAGGGAGACAGCAGAAUUCUCAGUCCACCGGCCCUUGAUUUGCAGACUCUCCUUUCCUAUAGCUCCUGGACAUAAUUUCCUGACACUCUGAACAGCUUGGAUUCGGUGAAAAGCCACAAGCCCCAGCAUGAGUACAGUGAUGUUCCUCCCCAACUCCGCCCUGCAUGGUCUGGUUGGUCAUUGUGCCAACCCACCUGAGAUCCUUUCAGCAGACAGCACGUGGAAGUCCUCCUGCCCUAGGAAACAGGGGUGUGAUGUGGUUGCAAGGGGAGGGCAGGCAUAGGACGAACUGAGAUUGCUGGACUGGAGGUCAGCCCCUAAAAAGAUGAUCAGCAAGCCUGAGUGGGACCGGCCCAGAGGGCUCUGGACAAUGGGGCAGGAGAUAAUUAGCCAAGCCAACCCUACUGUCUCCCUCCAGAAGGAAUACUUUGAAGAUUGUCCCACUGCAACCCAGAGGAGAAUAGAGUGGAGGUGCUGAGAGAGGCCGUCUCCAUGGGAGCAAGACCACGUGACCACGUGAGCUGAGGGAGUAGCUGGUCAUGCAGAACUGCUGUGGCUCCCAAAGAGUUUUCCAGUUCUGGCUCCAGUCCAUCUGCAUCCCCACACUAAAGCUCUUUGUUUGUUUGUUUGUUUAUAGCCUGAAGAGGGCCAGACCAAGACCGAGACUUGGAGACCUGAUUGAGAUUUCUCGCUUUGGCUAUGCACACUGGGCCAUCUACGUGGGAGAUGGCUAUGUGGUCCAUCUGGCUCCGGCAAGUGAAAUUGCUGGAGCUGGUGCGGCCAGUGUCCUGUCUGCCCUGACCAACAAAGCCAUAGUGAAGAAGGAACCGCUGUCUGUGGUGGCUGGGGGAGACAACUACUGGGUCAAUAACAAGCAUGAUGACAGAUACACACCACUGCCUUCCAACAAAAUCGUCAAGCGGGCAGAGGAGUUGGUGGGGCAGGAGUUGCCUUAUUCGCUGACCAGUGACAACUGCGAGCACUUCGUGAACCAUCUGCGCUAUGGCGUCUCCCGCAGUGACCAGGUCACUGGUGCAGUCACGACAGUAGGUGUGGCAGCAGGCCUGCUGGCUGCCGCAAGCCUUGUGGGGAUCCUGCUGGCCAGAAGCAAGCGGGAAAGGCAAUAAAUCCAAGAAAUUGUCCCAACAACCACCAAUUCUUACGGAGGAAUAUUAUUUAGCCAGCAGGAGUGGAGUUUGGUUUACUGAUUUUACUGUUUUGUGUUCAUGAAUCUUUAUUUUAAUGGAGUUAAAAGCACAGGAAAAUGUAUUUGGAAAUGCAGCUUAGUAUGAAUUCUAUUAAAGACACAAUUGGGCUCUGC